AUCAAUCUUUUUGAUAUCUUUUACUAUUAUAAGUAUUUGUUCAAUUUAGUGAGACUUCAUCUUAUCCGUUAUAUGAGUGUGUGCACCAAGUGAGAGUUUGACCUUUGCCAAAUCGAAAGAAAAUGUCGAAACGCGGUGCUGAUCAUCAACUUACAAAGGAUCAAGACGAAUCCGAUGAUGAUCGUAGUGGUUCUGUUGAAUUAGCAACCGAAGCACCAGCCGAUGUCAUCGCUUCUAGAAAAAUUGCUAAGCCCAAAACAAGGAAGCGUCCUGCUGGAAUAUCACAGCCGGGAGGACUUUUUUCAGGACUAGCAAAAGCAGAUCCUGCUAAACCUGUUGCCUCCCCUUUUACCUUUGAAAAGCCAACGAACAUGGUUUCUUCGACUGAUAAAUAUGAAACAUUAUUGAAGAAACGAGGUUUGAAUAAGGCAUUUUUGGAUAGUGUACAGAAAAGUAUAGAAAAUGAUCCAUUUGGAAAUCUUUCAAUUUUGAUGGACGAAUAUAAGAAACAUCUUGAGUCCAUUGAGAGUUCUGUAUUGGAUUCAAGCAGGACACAAAAUGACACAUCUAAAUCCGCUUCAGAGGCAGAGUCCGUGAAAACUACUCAAAUAGACUCUGGCAAGAGCUUAAACGAUAAUGAAGUCGCACCCAAAAAUAUUUCAGCAAAGCCAUCUGGAUCUACUUUGCCUGUUCCAGGUGCUCCACGUUUUGGAUUUUCUGCACCUGAUCUAAGCAAGUCUUUUCAGUUUAACCCAUCGUCACUUACACCUACGGGUCCUUUGGCCGCCUUCAAUAAGGAAAUUACCAAGCCAAAUGAAGAGAAAAGCUCGACUUUUGGAUCCGAAACUCAGACCAAGACUCCCUUCUCUUUUGGUCAAAAGUCAUCUUUCAACCCGACUUUUUCCUUCCAAAAAACUUCACAAGAACAAGGUGAAAAGAAGCCUAGCAAUGAUUCAAACAACGAGAACAAAGAAGAAGAUACUACUCAAAAGAAAGGAUUUAAUUUUUCAUGGGAUCCCAGUAAACCUAUUAAAUUUGAAGCUCCCGAAAAGAAGUUUACCUUCACAAACCCCUUGUCAGCUAAAAAGCCAGCUCCGACUCCCGAAGUUAAGCCACCCAACGCUGCAUCAAUUGGCUUCUCUUUUGGUACCAAUCCUAAUCCAUUCUCAUUUGCAGCCAAGCCUCCUGCUAGCGUAAAUAAUGAAGGAACGACGGAUGACAAGAAUGAAGAAGAGCAAACGGAGGCUGCUGAUGAGGAUAAAGAAGAGGAUAAGAAAGAUGAUGAAAAGCAAGACAAUUCUUUAGCCGCCAGUAAAGGUCAAGGAGAAGAAAAUGAAGACAGUAUUUUUGAAACGAGAGCCAAGCUUUAUCGUUUUAAUCCUACCACAAAGUCUUACGCGGACAUUGGUCUCGGCCCCCUUAGAUUAAAUGUCGAUAGAACCACCAAUGCUGCCAGACUUCUUGCCCGUGUCGAUGGUAAUGGUAAACUUCUUUUGAACGUUCGUUUAUGUAAAGACUUUGAAUAUAAAUUAGCUGGAGAGAAAGCGUUGACUGUUCCGGCGGCUUCUGAUGAUGGAAAAGGGCUGGUAACUUAUUUGAUUCGCGUUAAGGAAAAAGGCACGGCUGAACAGUUACUUAAGAAUUUGAACGAAAGGAAGGCUACUUUAUAAAUUUAGUCUGACAGAGAAUGUAGUUGUCGGUUUCAUUAAAGUUAGACAAUGCUUUGACUUUGGUUUGUAAAUUAGAGUAUUGAUUCACUUACUUACUGGAUGGG